AUGCAGCUGCGGAUGCAGAAUGUUUUGUCGGCUCACUCUGCAUGUUCAAGCAUCCUCGUUGCACACCUGAGUGCCUUUGCUCCAUUGCACCAACCAGCAUCUCAUGAGACCCAGCUGGUACCGAGCCAGGGAGCGUCGCCCUCAUCGUCAGUGGCUGAGGAGACUCAGCAGGAGGUCAAGGUGCGGAGAAGGUUGAAGAAAGUGAGAUGCAGCGGAGUUCGUCCAUGCGUCGAAUGUGUUCUUAAGGGAGCAGCGAACAAUUGCGAUGUCGGAGUUGCUCCGAUGCUCAGACUCAAAGCUGCGCUUGAACACGAUACGAGUUUGAAUCCUCAAGGCUCUGUGAACCCGCCUAAAGCACUUCCGAACGCGAAAGUGAGCUUCAUCGUGGGUCCAGAGGUGGGUUAUGUCUUUGGCAUCCAUCCCGAGGAGAUCGCCAGUCGCAUUGAUAUCUUGACCACAUCCCCCCAGUUUUGCAACUGUCUACGACCAGUCUACAAGUGUUACUUCCGGAUGAACAACGUGCACGGCUCCAAGCCUGUCGUAGUCCGUGCGACUGUGGAGCGGGACUGCGACUAUUUGGGGCGUGUGGUAUGCAUUCACUUCUUGUACGACACCGUCACGGAGGAGGACUACAACCAAGACAUCGCUGACAACCCCGAGCUCGGGCGACCCUUCGCAGCGGCAGUGGGCGAUCGACGAUCCUACAAGGAGCUGCAAGAAGGACACAAGCGUGAGAUGCAGUUUCAAGGCAAGAUCCUUUACAUGCGCAAAUCUCCGGUGGGAAGAAAGAAACUCGAAACUCUCGCCAAGGAACUUCGGUAUCGUUUCGCUCCCUUGGUCAAGGCUUGCGACAGCUGGCCCACUGAGCUGCAUGAGCCGCUACGAUUGUUGGCGACAGACUGCGACUCGAAGACGCAGGUUCACAAUGAGGCGAUGGCAGUGUUAAGGUCCCUCAAUGCCGCGUGUGGGCAGUUAUGCAUGGGGAGCAACGGGCUGGUCCAGGAGGAUGACUCUGCUUCGAGCCAGCAUGACGCCGAUGCCAGCUCAGUAUCCGAUGUGCCUUCUCCAGAUCCCUUCGAUUCGCACCUCCUCGUCUGA